AUGCCCGGCCCUGUGGAGAGAUGGCUAGAGACGUUUAUGUGCAAGCAAUACGCGGAUACUUUUGAAGCCUAUGGAUUCAAAACGCUGCAGUCAGUAUGCCAGCUCCAACUCCACCAGCUGCAAGGGAUGGGUGUAGCCCAGGAACAUUGUGACAAGAUAUUGGAGAAUGUGCACGUCCUCAGACAAACACUCAUAGCUGGGAACAACAAGACUACAGGUUUACCUGAGCAGUCUCCUCCUCCUCCUUCCGCCCAUGAUUCAACUCUGGUCAAUUCCGCCAGCUCUGUCCUUCGCUCUGUAGCAAUGAAUGUUAACCUUCAGCGAGGUCCUAUGAACCAUUAUCCUGAGGACAUGCCCAGUCCCUAUGGGGCUAGUAGUGGCCGUAUGGCUCUUACUUCUGAUUAUAUUGGAAGAGAUAAUUCUCAAAUGGAUGCCCAACAGGAGAGAGAUGUUAAAAGGUCACUGCUUAAUACAAGAUUGGCUCCAAACAUGAUGAGUCGAAGUAUGAGUGGUUAUCCAAUGCAAAGCUACAGUGAGCACCCAUCUGCCAACCACAUGAUGUUAUCCCAACAAGCUUCUUUCCAUGGUCACAAUGCAGCCGCUCUCUAUAGCCAGCAUAGUCAGCCGCAGCAGUUCAUUGGACAACGUUUCUCUAAUCCUUACCAAGCUUCCCAUUAUACUUCUAUGGGCCCCGUAGCUCAAAGCUCUGCCAACCAGAUGUCAGCUGCACAGAUGUCACAGCUGUCAGCCGCCCAGAUUUCUAGUAUGACUACUAAUCCCAUGUAUAGCUCACCAGCCUCAUCUUCUGCUUCUUCUCAUAAUCCUCACACACAUCCAUACAUGCGGCAUAACUCAAGCUGCCAGAGUCCACAGCAGGUUGCUGACAACAUUCUUCAAAUGGCAUCUGCCAAUUAUCCUAACAAUCAAACUGUCCAUAUCCCCAUCAAUAAGAGUCGAACUGCCCCUUAUCACAUCCCACGCUCACCACAGUACAGCAUGCAAACCUGUAAUAGCCCUGUACAGCCUCAAAUGAGACAUAAUACGGCUUCUCAGUAUGGCUAUCCAAGUACAUCGCCACAUCCCCCUGCAGCCCGUACCUCCCCCAUUAGUCCCAUGUUAAUGCAUAGUCCUGCAAGUCAUCACAGCAACCAGUCAAUGCCAAAUUCCAGUCCUGUUUCUCUGCAGAGCCCAGCCCCAACUAAUGUCAAAUCCCCUGUUACUACGCCGUCCCCAAUAACAAGUAGUCUUCGCUCUCCAUGUGCUGUCCAAUCGAUGACCUCUCCUGUUGGUUGUGGCCAGCAAAUCCGGUCUCCACCUCAUUCGAUUAACAGCUCAUCAGGGAUCCCACCAUCUUCACUAAGCAGCAACAGUUCUCCUCCCAGCCAUGCUGGCUCUCCAUAUACACCUUUGUCCAAAACCCACAUUAAUAGUCCACCUCAAAGCCAAAAUUUCCAGCACACUCCCUCAUCAAUGAGCCCAUAUGUUAGUGAUGCAUCCCAGGACUCAACUUGUGGUCAGUCUGCUGUAUCUCAGCUUGGGGUCAAGAAUCCUUUACAAUCAUUGGAAAAACUUGUAUUGCUUCCAGAGACCCAAGUAAUCGACCCCAAAAGUGUAGUCAACGAUGCCUGCCUGCCCUCACCUUCUCACAAUACUGAAGGUCAUAAAAACUGUGAUAUUCCGAGUGAUCAUCGAACCUCCAGUGGCUGCACUUCGAAUUCCUCUUCAUGCAGUCAUGGUAGCAAUCCCAUUUGUGGCAGCUCCAGCUGCACUGAUGGGAAACACUGUGAUAAUGGCAACUCUAAUCCCGGCAACCCUUCAAGCAAUACAGCUGCUUGUGGUAGUUCUGGGACUGACAAAACAGACUGUGCAUUUCAGAUCUCCCCUCCUCCUUCUUCACUGCCUCCCACCUCUGCUGUUUCUUUGACCCCACUACCUCUGUCUGUUAUACCUCUAGAAGAGAGUGAAGCAAUAACAUCAUUAACUAAGCAAGAAGAUGUGCUUACACUGAAGAACUCAUAUCAGUCAAGAGAGCAAACAAUGAAAUGGGAGUCCAAUUUAGUUCAUGAUGUUGGCAUGGAUGUCAGGAGCCAUGAGGAUUCCUCUGUGGAUAUGAAAAUGCCAGAUGAAUUACAACUCAAUAAGGUUACAUUUGACACAAAACUAGACAUUGCUGCUGCUGCUACUGCUAACGAGAUAAAGCAAGAGAUGGUUUCUUUUGAAAGCAAUAAGCAUGAAUUAUUAGACUCUGAAGGUAACAGUAAUGCUCAUGUAAAGUCCAGUGGGUAUUCAGAACUAGAAGAACCAUCAACUGAUGUGUCUACAUGUUUCCCAUCUGAAUUGUCCUCUCUGAAUCAAAGUCUUGCAUCAUCUACAUGUGCUGUCACUUCUCCUUCUCUUUCAGCAGCUAGAGAGAUAACUGCUGCUGACUCUCCUCACACACCACCUGCACCAACCCAGUCCCCAGGGCCCUCACCCAUUGUCAAUUCAACUGCUCUUCUUCCUAUCGCUCUUCCUCCUCCAUCAUCAUCAUCGUCACCAUCAUCAUCAUCGUCAUCAUCAUCAUCAUCAACUCCACCACCACUACCAUCAACCUGUAAAAUAGAAGUGACUGUUGAACCAGAGGGACAGUUAGGAGGUUCAAAUCUUUUGGCUAAAGAAGAGCCAUGUUCUGCUGCAAAUUCCCUUGUAAAUGGAGAGAUGGAUAUGUAUAGUGGAUGCAAUCUUACUAAAAUUAAAGAAGAAGCUCCAUCACCAGAAACAAAAUGUGCAGAUGGCAUAUCUUGUUCUCCAAAAGAGGCUGACAAUCAACAGCAUUCAGAAACCACUGCUGACAACCAAGUAGAAAUGAUGAGUACUCAACUGAAUGAUGAUAAUAAUAAUGACAGUGAUAAUAGUAGUGGUGGAGAUAAAUUAUCUCGGAAUAUUUCAGGAUCUUCCAAGAAUGGAGAGAACUUGCCUUUAGCAACACGUCGUAGUCCCAGAAAAAAAACUAAUUUAGCUGCAAAUAAUGUUACAGAACUUCCGUUGGCCUGUGCAGCUCCAGUUGCAUGCAGCAGUAGUGAUAUGCACCCUGCAAGCAGCACCAGUACCACCACAACCACUACCACCACAACAGAGAGUAGUUCAUCUUCUAAUCCGUUGGUGAUAGUCACCUCAACUGCUAGAACGUCAACUGUAGUAACUAUAGCAAGUAGCAUUAGUACAACUGCAGCCUCAUUUGUAAAAUCCCAGAGUGUACAGACAAGUAGCACUCAAACAAAUUUGAGCAAAGUGAAAAGAUCGAAACGAAUCCAGAACAAUCAAAGUGUGAAGAUGAGUUCACAAACUACAACUGAUGAACUGGACUGUGAAGCAAGUUCCAGACUACGUGUACGCAAAGAUUCAGGUAAUACAUACACUCGUCAAAUGCGAAAUUCUUUAUUACGGUCAAAUACAGCAUCACAAAGCAAAGUUUACACUGGUGGAGGGUCAGAGACAACUGGAGGUGGAGAGUCAAACAUCCAAGCUGAAAAUGUGGAUUCAAUUGUUGAAGAAUUGGAUGCUCAAUCAGAGAAGCACAAUUCUUCAGUCUUGUCAGAUGUUUCUGAAGAAUUGAAACGGGAGGAGGAAGCUAUUAUAGAUUCCAGCAGAAUGAAUUUGGCAGAUGCCAAACAUCAGGUCCAAGAGGAGAGCAGUAUGUCUAAUAGUGUCAAGUCUACUGUGAAGAAAGAAGAUACAAAUCUGAGUUGUAAGCCAAAGAGAAGAGGUAGUACAAGGAUUUCACAACAGAUCAAAGUUUCAUCAGAAACUAAUUCACCCUUAUGCAUGAGUGAUGAGAACAAAAGUUGCUAUGAAAGGACCAAAUAUAAUAUUCUCCCUCCUGAAUCUGAAUGCACAGAAAAUUUCACAAGUGUCAAGAAAGAAGUCUAUAAUGAAGACAUUUCAGACCAAGAUAUCAACUCUAUCAAGCAAGAUAAGGUUACUGCUGAAGAGGAGGAUACUGAGGAGAAUGGUCCUAUAUCAGAUACUCUGAUGAAGAAACAACGGAAACGUCGCUGUUCUGUUGAUUGUGACCCUAAUAUUGAUAUGAAUUCCUCUACAGCUGAAUUAAUUUCAUGUGAGGAAACUGAACUUUGUUCUAAGAGGAAAAAAACAGUUCAAACAGAGAUUUCUCCCACUGGAAACCCUGAUCUACAUGUUGACUCUCUUUCCAAGCCAUCAGUUGAAAUUCUUGAAAUUGACUUGACAGAGGAAGCUCAUUCCAUCAAACAAGAACUUCCCAGUAAUAUGGAGAAUGCUUCUGAUAUUAGUGAUGAUGAAACUUCCAACAACAAAGCCCAUAAUCUCUGCUCAGAUGUUUCCCAUUCGACUAAUAUGGAAUUUAAAGAGGACUUUACACCUUCUGAAGCAAAUGAAACUGACAGCACCAUGACUCCUGAUAAGAAGAGUAACAUGACUGCUAGUAGUAAGAAGAGAAGGAAGGGUAGACCUCCAAGUAAAGGGCCUAUCCGUGGCCGUAAGCUGGGUAGAAGCAAGUCAGACAGCUAUGAUAACUUUCAGCCAGAUAGUGAAUCAUUUAAGUCCUUGAAACUGAAGAAGACAAUGGAUCUAAUGUCAAGUAAUAAGAAGAAGAAGAGUGAAAUGGGUUCAGUAACAUCUGGGCCAUUCAUUCGGAUGACAACAAUAAAAAAUGAACCAGCCACGUGCCUCAUUGUCAAUCAACCUCAAGAAGAAUGUGAUCCAAAACAGAACAAAAAGUCCAAAAGCAAGGGUCCACCAACAUCUGCAUCCUCAGUUCAGAUUUCCAAUUUGCCAUCUGAGAAAUCAGUUUUGGUUCCUCGGACAACAUUGAUAGGUGAUGUCUGGGUAUGUGCAUUAUGUGGAAAGGGUAGCACUUACAAAUUUCUUGGAGACCUGUUUGGCCCUUAUUAUCCUGAUGGUUUCCAUCCCACAGUGAAAACAGAGAAACCCGAAAAACUGCAGGUGCCUCCUCCUUUGGCUCCCCCUCCCCUGCCAAGCCCCCUCUGCCAGCCAGCCAACCUAUCUACUCCUUCAACAUUAACACCUCCUCUGCCUCCACCUCCCAACCAAGAAGACUUGUCCAAAGUGGAAAGCAAACACAAAAGAAAGAGGACUUGUUCUUUUGCAGAACAAACUAGUAGUGCUGACAGACCACGGCUGCGUAAGUCGUCUACAGAAGAACGAGCUUCUAAUAGUGACUUUGACUCAAAAUGUAUACCUUUGCCUUUCUCCUUCCUGGCAAUCAUGUUCUCUCCCUUCCUUCCACUGUUCUUCGACAACCAAGGCGUGGGGAGUUGGUCAGAAUGGGAGUUCAACUUUUUCUCGGUGCUCCAAUUUGUGCCUAGGGGCCAUCCUGGGUGGUGUAUAUUUGAGACGACCCUCUUUUUCUUAACUAGAACCCAUUCUUCCCUCCAUUCGGGGGUUAGGGUUAUUCCGUUUGGUGUGGUCCAUCUUUUCCCUGCGAGGACAGGUUUGUCUCAGGUGAUCCGUUUCGAUAUCAAGCCAACACCUUCACUCCUUACAAUUGGCCAAAUGUUGCCUGACCACACCACACAUGUCCAGCAUCUCUUUGCCACCCUGCCUCUUACUUUUCAUGGGUGA